AUGUGUUAUAUCACCUAUAUGUUGCUCAAGAAGAACAAGGCCAAGAAGGCCGCUGCAGCUACAGCCGGAGAUGGUAACACUCCGCCACGACCAAGGGAAAUCGAGAGAAAGGGGGCUCCCGGCUAUUCCUAUUCGCCCUCCCAAUCCGACCAGUCAUCAUACAGUGAAAAAAAGAUACGCAGACGGGAAAUCUAG